GAGCUUUGGGAAGCUGUGGCGUAGGGCACCAGCCGUAAAAAAAAAAAAAAAAAAAAAACGCGACGAUCCCCCUGGAGGAGGAAGCCGGGCAGGCGAACGGAACGGUGCCCAGGGGGCACACCUGAAUGGGCUGGGCGGCAUGGGGUCGGACGAGGCGUACAACUUUGUCUUCAAAGUGGUUCUAAUUGGAGAGUCAGGAGUGGGAAAGAGCAACCUGCUGUCUCGCUUCACGAAAAAUGAGUUCAACCACGACAGCCGCACGACGAUCGGGGUUGAGUUCAGCACGCGCACCGUGCAGCUGGGCACGCUCACCAUCAAGGCACAGAUCUGGGACACCGCCGGCCUGGAGCGCUACCGAGCCAUCACCUCCGCGUACUACCGGGGCGCGGUGGGGGCGCUGCUGGUCUACGACAUCGCCAAGCACCUGACGUACGAGAGCGUGGAGCGCUGGCUGAAGGAGCUGUACGACCACGCCGACCCGCACAUCGUGGUCAUGCUCGUGGGAAACAAGACCGACCUGGAGUCCGUCCGGACCGUGCCCACCGAAGAGGCCAAGGACUUUGCGGAGAAGAACAACUUGCUGUUCAUGGAGACUUCGGCCUUGGACUCCACGAACGUGGAAGCAGCCUUCCACGACGUCCUCGCAGAGAUCCACAAGAAGGUGGCCAGUAAAGAGGUGACCCGAGGGUCCAUCAGCGCCGUCACCCUGUCCAGUCCAGCCACCCCCGCCGGAGGCAGCCAGGAGGAUAAGAAGCCCUGCUGCAAGAACCUCUGACCGGAUGUCCCGGCUGCAAAUCUGGGUUGGGUUGGGUUGGGUUGGGGGGAAGGGGGGCGGGACAAGGGUGUGGUUUGUGGAGAGGAGAUGCUGGACGAGUGUACAGGGGCGCCUGGUACCUCCUGCGACACUGUCGUCUGGUGGGAAAUCAAAAGCGAUAUGAAAAGGAACCAGAGAGGUGCGAGUCUUUGCCGUCAGAUUUCCUGUGAAGGGUCUCAUGAAACUAAACAUGAUCAAGUAAUCAGACCAUUCUGGUCUUUAUGUCUGCUUGUUUGUUUUGAUAAAGCAGUCACGGGUAAUAACUCCCAACUCAAACUUGCUGGGUGGAUGCUGAUUGCUAAACUUUUUUUUUUUGCAGUCUUGUAAUUCCACCCCCCCCCCCCCCCAAUCCCACGGGGCUUUCAACGGUCACAUUUAGUUGACCUUGAGGAUUUUCAGUGCAAUGUGGACCAAGAGGUUCACCACAAUGCGACAGAGAUCAUUAAACAAACGACAACUGUGAUUCUAAUUAGUUGCCAUGGUAAUUCAGCUUUGCUUAUGGCAUUUAAAAAAAAGGAAAUGGUUCAUAUGAAAAUAAAAUGCAUUUACACAGGAUAUUACAUGUUAUGUAAAUUAGUAAAUUCAAAACAAAAAUUGCAAUUAUUUUUGCGACUUAAAUUAUUUUAAUGUUAUUGACUUUUUAAGUUUCUUAUUUUGAGGAAGUUCUUCUUGCAGACAAAAUAUGCAGCCAAAUUUAUGAUUUUGUAUCGAUUAGAUCGCACUAAAAAUAAAAUAUCGUUAUUUCAUAAUCUGCUGCCCUGUGACCAAUCAUGUGAAGAAUUGCAUGGGCAUUAGCUUUCAGGGCACAAAAAAUAUGUAUAUUUUUCACAAACAUCACAUCUGAAGGUCAGUCAAACAGCUGAGCAAUCGUCCAAUGAAGUCCUUUAAUGGAAGAUGUGGAAUUGAGAAAAUGUUGAAAUUGAGAGCAAGAGUGGGUGGGGUGGGCAUACAGGACUUUUAAGAAUUGUGUCUUUAAUUUUAAAGCAGACACCCUUGGCAAUCUUUAACGGCAAAAAAGAGUCUCAUUUCACUGCAAAUCAUAGCAGCUGUUCUAAAUGGGCUUUGUACCAUAAUUGUCUCUGACCCCAUUUUAUACUCACACAUACAUCUAAUAAUAAAAAUGUUUAUGCCCUA